AUGACGAAUCGCAACGAGUAUCAGCAGAGAGAGACACAGAAACGGCAUACCGACAACGUCAACGUCUUUAGGAUCAAGCCUGUUCGACCUGACCCGCACCCGAAAUUGUCUCCGGUCGCAGUGGCGCUGCCAGUGAAGUCGUCGGUGUACCAUGCUCGACGGGCACAUCGAAAGUCCAGGGAAGGAUGUGGGAAUUGCAAAAGACGGAGGGUCAAGUGCGAUGAAUCCAAGCCGCACUGCCAACGGUGUUAUAAGCACGGGAUUCCAUGCGACUAUUCUACUACAACUCCUUCCGGGGAAAGUGGUGGAAACGAGACGUUGUCAGUGUCGUCAAAACUCCCCUUGGACAAUUUUGCUCAUGAGUCCACCCUGCGUUCACUGGAGGAGGCUAUCGACCGGACGGCUCAGGUGAAGGUGAAGGCCGACAAGCCGGCGAGUGCAGAGCUACUCAACCUGUUCGUCAGGUCGUCUACCACGACGAGCCCAAACAAGGCUGUCCAGCGAGUGAUGACCACCAGCGUGAUACAGACAGCAUUCUCUAGCCCCUAUUUGAUGCACACUAUCCUCGGAAUAUCGUGCCUUCAACUCGGCCGUUGCUCGCCGGCAAAUCGUGAUAUACGGGUAUUGGAGUCAUACCACUGGCAACAGGCGAUCCAUCUCUAUCAGUCUGCGAUCAGUUCUAAAAUCACACAGAAAGACGUUGACGCGCUUCUUUCGACCUGUAUGCUGAUGGGCGUCUCAACACUGUGUCCGGAAGAUUUUGAACCCGAAGAUGCAUGGGUUCUCUCCUCAAAUCCGGCAGCCAUGAACUGGCUCUGUCUACAGGGGGGAUUGAGAUGUCUCAUCUCGCUCACCCAGCCCUUCAUCUCCAAGAGCAUCUGGGCAGGUGUCUUUAGCGAGGCAGACCAAAAAAUGCGUCAGGUUGAGGGAGCCAAUACAUCCUUGCACCCGCGGCUGGCAGAGCUGUGUAAUCUAGACACAUGCAGCACGGAAAAGGGAAUUACUACUACUCCAACUACUGAGGACAGCCUCUAUCUGCACCCGUUGCAGAUGCUGACUCCAUUGCUCGACGGCAACAACACACGAUCAGACUUUGGUCUUCUCCAGAGCUUCAUGGCUCGGCUGGAGCCUGAGUUCUUAACUCUCCUUCGGGCGAAAGACCAUGCCGCGAUGCUGAUUCUCGCCCAGUGGAUGGGCUUGAUGUGUGCCCAUGCCGCGUGGCAGCCGUGGAUCUACGGCCGGAUCAGUAAGGAAUGCUUCGCCAUCUGCACUUAUCUGGAACAGAACACCACUGAUCCUCGGAUCUUGGAACUUCUCGAAGCCCCGGCAGUUGCAUGCGGGUACCGAAAUGGUGCUCCGAUAGGUUACACAGACAGAUGA